AUGCCUCGUAGGCACGGUGCUCUAGACGACUACACGUCUGCUGUACCUCACAUCAUCCUGUCAACCUCUGAUUCCGACUACCUUGACCACCUCAUACCUGUGCUCAAAGAUGCUACCAACUCGCGGCGGACGCCAGCUCUGCUGCAGUCCCUGUCUCGCUAUUCCGAAGACCGCGAGGCAGACAUCGAGCGAAUCGGAUUGACCAAGCACGAAGAAUUUCUGGACUCGGUCCACAGGUUGCAGGAAGUCCGCGAGGGGACCGUCACUCUCACGACCGAGAUUCUCAAGCUCAACCAGUCGAUUCAAGCCAGCACUGAGAAGCUGGCUGAGCAAAAAGGCGCCCUCGUCAACACCAAGGCUGUGCGCCAGAAUAUUGCUGACGCGGCAGAUGCCCUCCGCGAGUCUCUUACGGUGCUGCAUGCCGUCAACCACUCCCACGAGCUUGUACGCCGGAAAAAGUACUACUCUGCCCUGAAGUCGCUGGAAGACUUGCAGAACGAACACCUGGUCUCUAUCCUUCAGAACCGGUAUGCGACCCAGCAUCGUUUGGCGGAUGUCAUCCAGAAGUCCCUCCCUGCCUCGCGGAGGGCAAUUUCUGAAGCGGUCAUGUCUGACUUGAAUACCUGGCUUUUUCGGAUCCGUGAAACCUCGCAAUUUCUGGGAGAAGUCGCAUUUUAUCAUACCGAGAUGCGGAGGUCGCGGCAGAGGGCGCGAAUCGAGAAUGAGAAGUUCUUGGAAAAUUUCAAGCUAAACUCUUCAAUUGAGCUUAUUUCGGACGAGAACGAAGAAUUUGACGUGCUCGACAACGAAGAAUUGCAGGUUGAUUUUACGCCGCUGUUCGAAGCUCUUCAUAUCCACGAUGCUCUUGGACAUAGCGACCGGUUUAGAUCGGAAUACGCCUCUACUAGGCGUCAACAAAAAGAUCUUCUUAUCCCGACUUCGAUUGAUCUGCUAGCUGAGGAUGAAUCAUCUCUUAGCAGCUUACUAGAGGGAAUAGCUGGGUUCGCAAUUAUAGAAAAGGCAACAAUGGCGCGCUCGCCUUAUCUGCGCUCCGUGGUUGAUGUAGAAGAACUAUGGGACUCCAUGUGCACUGCAGCUAUAGGCAUCACAACGAAAGCGCUCACAGGCAUCGAUAAUGCCGAAGUGCUACUGAAAAUCAAAGGCUUUAUUGCCAUGUUCAUUCAGACCAUGGAAGGCUGGGGAUACUCCGUCUCUACUCUUGAUAAUUUCCUCUUACAGCUCUUCGACAAAUAUGCCCAGCUGCUGAAGCGUCGAUUCAGUGAAGACUUUCAAGAGAUUGUUUCCACCGACGACUACAUGCCAAUGGCUAUCAACUCGCUGAGCGACUACGAGAAAGUGAUCAAUGUCAGCUGGUUCACACCAGAUCGACCUACGGAGGAACUUACAUUCCCAUGUGUUUUACCAUUCUCUCAGAUGUACCCCCUCUGUUGUAUCGACAUCCGCAACUUUCUGAAUCAGUUCUACUUCUUUCUCGAUGACCACUUCCAACACUCAGAUAUUAUUGAUGAAACGCUACGAAAGUCUCUAGAUGAGCUUCUUAGUGAGAAAGUCUGCAAGUCUCUUGUCGAGCGUCUGAGUUCUCAAUAUUUGGGACAGAUUGUGCAGAUUCUCAUCAAUUUAGAGCACUUUGAGAUAGCGUGCCGCGAGCUAGAACAGCUGUUGAUCAGAGCAAGAUCCACCACUUCGGCGGGCGGUCCUUUGAGAUUGAAUGCGACCGAGGAAUUCCGCAACAACAAGAAGACUGCCGAAAAAAGAAUAUUCGAGCUAGUCAACUCAAAAAUUGACGAUCUUGUGGAUACGGCAGAAUACGACUGGUUGGCAAAUGCAGUGCAGACGGAGCCCAGCAAUUACAUGCAAACUCUUACUCGAUAUCUGUCCAACAUCAUGAAUUCUACGCUUCUGGGGCUGCCUAGGGAAAUUAAAGAAUUGAUUUAUUUUGAUGCUCUGAGCCACGCAGCCGAGAAAAUUUUGGCCUUGCCCCUUUCAUCGGAAGUUCGACAUAUUAACGGUCAUGGAGUCUCAGCUUUGGCACAAGACGUCACCUACCUUACCGACUUUGUGGGGAGCUUAGAAAACGGACAGAUGCUACGUGAAAACCUCGAUGAACUUCAGCAAACUGUAAAUCUGAUGCAGUCCGAUAACCAUGACGAGUUCUAUGAUAUUUCAAUCCGCAACAAGAAAUAUGGCCGAGUGGACCCCCUCAAUGGGCCGAUGCUACUCGAAAAGCUGACUCCUACCGCACAACCUUCGGCGAGAACUGCGCCGCUUUCCAAUCUGUCUCGUUUCGCCAUCAUGAAAUGA